CCUCGAGGUACCGAGAAGUCAGCUGCCCUUCUUUGUCUGGUUAAUCAGCGCAUUGAUCGCGAUCACGGAUACGCAAAGGCACGGCAAGGCUCCAUUUUCAACUGCUGCCAAAAGGGUGCGGCAAGUCAGCAUGAUCAUCAAGAUCACCAGUUGACACUCCAACACAUGAACCUAGUGAGGCAGCCUUGCCCAUCAUCACCCCAAGUCAGGCUGCCCUGGGCUUAGGGAUGAACCCCUUCGGGCGCCUGGGCCGCCUAAGCUCAAAGCGUGUUAGCCCCCGUCGGUUGCGGUAAGCUGAGUGCCUGCAGCACCGAAAUUGUCAGCGCCGAGGCACGUUCAAGUCAACAACACCAUUUCUCAGAUCUACGUUAAACAAUUCAGCACGCCGACAAUAAAAACACCCAAUUUUUCUCUCACCGCUGCGCUGGUGCUUUCUACGAAAUGAGUCACAGUAAUCGGAAUCUGAUCCUCCUCCUCGCCCACUCUGUACCUUUUCCAGCCUCCCGCAUCAGACCGGGCUGAAUAAAAUGGCUUCAGUAGCCUGCACAAGCAGGAACCCCCUUCUCACACGACCACUCCGGACAGCCGUCUCCCAAAUAACCCGAUCAUGGCAGCAAACACGCUGGAGCUCACAUGCUCCUACCUCUCCCGCUAUGCUGGCCAGGGGCCAAAAACCAGUCACCAUUCAGACACUGCAGAAAAUGUACGCAGACAAAUCUCCCAUCACAAUGCUCACCGCCCACAACUUUCCCUCGGCACUUAUAGCACAAGAAGCUGGAAUGGAUAUGGUCCUGGUCGGCGACUCCCUGGCCAUGGUAUCGCUCGGCAUGCCAGACACCUCCGAAGUCACCCUCGACGAAAUGAUCAUGUCUGCCCGCGCAGUCAGUCGAGCCGUCAACCGCUCCUUCACUGUGGGUGAUCUGCCAAUGGGCUCAUACGAAAUUAGCCCCGAACAAGCUCUCGCCAGUGCCAUCCGCAUGGUAAAACAAGGUCGAAUGCAGAGCGUCAAGCUGGAAGGUGGUGCCGAAAUGGCGCCGCAGAUCAAAAAGAUAACGACGGCGGGCAUUUCUGUUUGCGCGCAUAUUGGCCUCACACCUCAACGCCAGCAUGCUCUCGGCGGAUUUCGUGUGCAGGGCAAUACACUUGACAAAGCCAUGGCGCUGUACAACGAUGCCAAAGCGGUACAAGAUGCCGGAGCAUUCAUGGUCGUAUUAGAAUGCGUCCCGUCUGACAUCGCCGAGGAAGUCACCAAUGCCUUGAGCAUUCCAACCAUUGGCAUCGGUGCCGGGAACAAGACCAGCGGUCAGGUACUGGUUCAAAUCGACAUGUUGGGUGUCCGACCACCAGACUCAUUUAUGCCAAAGUUCGUUAAGAGAUAUGGCUCAAUAUGGGACGCCGGCGUAGCCGCCAUCAAGCAGUAUAAGGAUGAAGUCUCUGAUCGGACUUAUCCCACUGCGCCGUACGUGUAUAAGAGCGACGCAAAGGUGACAGAGGCAUUCAGGGCGGCCAUAAAAGCAGGUCAGUCGUGAAGCUGUCGACGAAUUUUGCUGCUCGCGGUCGGAUAUUAUAUGUCUUUUGCGUGGAGUCAUGGCAGGGUCAUUGGCAUUAUGAAGGUCUGCCCAAUCUUGCAGAUGAAACACUCGGCCUGUCUGGUUGUUGAUAUUGCAUUCCAUGGCGUAAGGGCACUUGAUAUCUCAUAGCCAUAUCAUCCAAAGGCAGGCGUCGUAGAAUAACUGACAAUCAGUUGGUCGUCCGUUUUGAAGCACUAAAUAGUCAACCAAGCAUUAGUACUUCAAUCUCUCUUUUUUGUUUCCGGCCUGCUCGCGGAGCUCGAUCGUCAGAUGAAA